UCCAUUCAUUUCAUUCAUUGACGCGCCGGCCGGCUGGCUGGAAACAACCGCUGAUCAAAAGGUACGCGGCCGCGCGAAAAAAAUAACGAACAUUUCGAAUUCACAAAAGCGAACUGUCAAUUUUAUGUUUUGAUGUGAAACUUUGUUGACUUGUGAAUUUUGUGGUGGAUUAUCAGUGAGGAUGUUGUGUUUAUGUUGAGUGUGUUGUCGAAAAUGAGUGUUGCGAUGUUUUUGUGAGGCGAUGCUUGUUGGUGAGCCGUCACCGGCGCCGCGGGUGGUGGCCGGCCUGCGGAAACUGAGGCCCGAGCUGUCUCCAGCUCCUGUACCCACACCCACUGACCCCAAUCUCAGGAUAUCAGGCGUGCUCCGCCAGUACUUCAGCUCCGCCGAUCACGAGUUCACAUGGGUGCGCGCGGCCGUCCGCGGCGGCUGCUUGCUCGCUUGGCGCGACGGCACCCUGCCCCGGCGGCCGGCGGCGAGGCUGCCGCUGCGCCACCUGCAUCUGAGGGCGUGUGCCAGCCUGCCCAACGCGUUCCAGCUGUCUAGGCUGAGGGAUGACGCCGCUGUUGCUACUUUCCAGGCGUGCAAUGCGACGGAGUACGCGCGGUGGGUGCGCGCGCUGUGCGUGGAGAUCCUGCGCCAGACGCCGCUGCCGCACGUGCGCUUCCUGGACGUGCUGCCGGCCGCGGACACGGCCCCCGCCCCACCCCCCGCGCCGGCCCCCGCCCCCCGGCCCCCGCCCCGCGCGCGCCGCCGCCUGCUGUCCGCCGGCGAGACCACGCUCGUGCCGCGCGACCACUCGCCCGCCGCCACGGACGAGGGCAUCGUCGUCGAGGACGACGACUACGACUCAUCGUCCGACCGCAGCCUCGACCUCUCGCUGUCCCUCGACGCUUUAAAAACCACCGACGUCGUCGACGCGCCCAUACGCAAGGCGGAGAUCGUCAAGUGUGAUAACUGCAGCAAACUGAACGCGAGCUCCCUCCAGCACCACACGCUGCCGCGCGCGGCCAGGUCGCUCGAGCCGGAGCCGGGGCGACAUCGGUAUCUAAAGCGAUGGGAGGGCUCGGAGCGAGGGGCCGAGCGAGGCCGCUUCGCGAUGGAGGCGGCGCGGCGGAAGACCUCCUCGCUGGAGAACAGGGCCAGGUCGUGCUCGCCCAACGCGCACGACGCUAUAGCUCAAUAUAUUCCCGUGAGAGAGCGGCGGGCGCUGUUCGAGUCGAUGAAGGAGGGCGGCGGCUCGCUGGCGCGCAGCAGCGAGCAGCUGGCGCCGGCGCGCGCCGCCCCCGCGUCCCCGCGCCGCGCCGCCUCGCUGCACGACCUGCAGGCGCCGCCCUCGCGCUCCGUCAGCGACCUGCGCCAGUACUUCGAGGCGGUGGCGCGCGGCGCGGGCCCCCCCGCCCCUCCCCCCGGCGCCCCCGGCCCCGCGCAGCGACACAGCGCGCCGCCGCAGCCCGCGCCGCGCGCCUUCUCCUCACUCAUCUAUGCCUGAACCACUCUCACACACAUCUGUAUAUAGCACUAGUAGAGAGUACCGGCCAGGUUCGCCGACUGUCUCACUUUAGUCGUUCGUAUUAAGACUGUUAAAAGUAUUGUUAUAAAGUACCUAAUAUAAAUAAUAAAUGAAAUGUAUCUAUUUA